UAGUACUUAGUAGUAGUAAUUUGAUGAGGGACUGGGGACCUGUUCAAGGUGUAGUCCGCGCCCGCGUAUGUUGCGGGGAUAAGCGACUUGGAAAAUGGAUGGAUUUUAAUUUGUAUCCUCAUUUGUUGAUAAGAGUAAAUAUCACCAUAAUGGGGUCGAAGGAGAACAUGCCAGAGAUUAAAAGAAGAAAAGAUGAUUUCCAUUUCGACUUAUGGUUCAGCCUGACUCUGCAGAACUGGAUUUUAGACUUUGGACGGCCUAUUGUCAUGAUCAUCCUUCCACUUGAGUGGUUUCCCCUGAACAAACCAAGUGCUGGAGACUAUUUUCACAUGGCCUACAAUGUCAUCACACCUUUCCUCAUGCUUCGGUUGAUUGAGCGCAGUCCAAGGGCACUGUCUCCCUCAGCAGUCUACCUUUGCAUCAUCACUUUUGUCAUGGGAGCCAGCAUCCACCUGGUGGGAGACUCCAUCAACCACAGACUCAUUCUGAGUGGAUACAAGCUCCAUCUGUCAGUCAGAGAGAACCCGAUUAUGAAGGACCUCAAACCUGCCUCAUUGAUUGACUCUUUUGAGCUGCUGUACUAUUAUGACGAACAUCUGGGACAUUUAAUGUGGUACAUCCCCUUUUUCAUCAUUCUCUUCAUAUACUUCACUGGCUGUUUCACGGAGGCAACAGAGCAGAAGAUUCCAGUUACGGGCCAGCUGUUACUUGUACCCAGCGCACUCUAUUACUGGUACUUGGUCACUGAAGGACAAAUCACUGAACUCUUUCUCCUCAGCUUCUUUGCAAUGGUGGCUGUGGUGUUUUAUCAACGGCGUAAUGGCCUCAGCCCAGACUGCAAUGGUCUGUUCCUAUUCUAUAGUUUCAGUGUUACUGUUCUUCUGGUGGCACUCUGGAUUGUCUUUCUAUGGAAUGACCCAGUGUUACGCAAAAAGUACCCUGGAUUGGUCUAUGUUCCAGAACCCUGGUCCUACUACAUGUUACAUGUCAAGAAAUCUCAUUGAAUUGGAGGUGACCCGGUAUAAUAACUUGUGACAUAGGAACAACAAGGUCUAUGUGACAAAAAUUCUGUUACACCUGUUUUCCAAAGUGUUAAUUUUUGUUACAUUUUCAAUCUUGGAUUAUCGUUUAGAUACCUCUCUGUUUAUAGAUUGCACUUGACAAACUUUACAAAUACUUUUUUUCCAUCUGUUAAAACUAUCUAUACGACUUGAUAGUAAAAUAUUAUUAAAAUGAUCUAUUUCAAAAUCAUCCCACUAUCAUGUGCAAGGCUGGACCACGGCCAAGAAGGGCGUGGCCUGGCCACCGCUCUGAGCGGUUCCAUCUAUGACACCCAUCGCCGGUCACAGCUGUUUCACGUGAAACACUGUGAUUAGACCAUGUAUUUAAGUUGCAGUUUUGUCACUGGCGUUUGCCAGUUCGUUGAGUAUGCUUUACCGCAUCCUGGGUUACUCCGCCACUGCGCCAUUAUAGUCCAGUAACGCUUUUGUUAUGCUCUUUAGUUGACUCACAGUUAUUGGACCUUGUUUCUUGUUUUGUGGAUCCUGCCUUCUUGGACUGUGUUGUCGUGCACAACUUAGUUUGUAAUAAAGACCAUUUGAACAUCAUACCUUUGCCUGGGAGUUCUGCAUUUGGGUCCGUCCCCGCACCGCUGGUUCAUGACAGUACUAACUUACCAGAACAGGACAACAAGAAAGCCAAGCCACUGCAGACUAUCGCCCACUCUGCGCCGACAACCAAGCCACAGGGGCAUCCCACUUCCACUCCAGCGACGACCAGGACACAGCCAUCGUCCAUCCACGUAUAGCCAGCGAUUGAGCCUCAGCCGACCGCUGCCAGCGCUUUACCGACAACCAAGCAACAGCGGCAUCCCGGCAGCGGCUUCCAUUCUAGUGACGGCCGAGCCUCAGCCGACCUCCGCGGGCUCCAAGUCGACAAUCUUUGAAAUUGCGGAUCUUAUAGACAGGAUUCAGCGGUAAUUGGACAUUCUCGUCCCGGGAUGGCCACAGCUGGUUCAAGCCCAUGAGGCAGUGACGGGCCACCCGUGGCCGAACCAAGCCCAUGCCGCGGUUGCAACUGACCUGCUACUGAGCCACGCCCACAUCGCGGUAACCACAGACUCGCUGCUGACCCAAGCUCAUGUUGCUGUGGCGACAGAUUUCCUGGUGGACCACACUACGCCGCAGUAGCAACUGACCCGCUACUGAGCCAAGUCCACGUCGCAAUGGCGACUUACCCAUUGCCGCGCCAUGUCCACGUCACGGUAGCAACCGACCAGCUACCGAACCAAGCCCACGUCACGGUGGCAACUGACCCGCUGUGACUCCACAUCCAUGUCGCAGUGGCGACAGACUGCCCAGCGAACCACGCCAACGCCGCGGUAGCCACCGAUCUGUCAGGCCCACGUUGCGGUAACAACUGACCC